UGGGCGGGGACUCAAGCGCGGGUCAAAAGCCAGGAGGGGGCGUGGCAGUCCCUCAGCAGCCCUUCUUUCUCAAUGGGAAGGAAGUCAAGCGGCAGCGGCGGGAGCGAAAGGCACAGGUGUGGAAAAAAACUAGAAGACAUUGUAUCUGGAAAAGUACUGGCACAUUACGGUGCUUUAACCAAUCCUGUUGCUAUGGUUUGAACCAACUGGAGUUUCUGGACCAUUUGUAAAAGCAGUCACAAGUACAACACUGCAGCAGCCUGAAUCUCAAACAGGAAUUUAAUCAGUUCCCAAAUUACCUUUUGAGGAGUUGAACUGACGUUGAGCACUGCUCAGAACUAGAAAUACUGAAGGAACUACAUCAUUUUGCAAAAAAUAUUAGGAAUUUAGCAAAUAUGCUGUAUUGUGACAUCUUGCUUCUACGAAGUUUAUCUUUUCUCUUUCAUUCUUGUGUAGAAAAUCAUCAUGGAAUCUCAGGGAAACGGUAACCUGAAGGAUUGCUUUUUACAAAUGUAACAACAGAACAAUGGACAGAUGAUACCAAUUAAACUGCAUUUGGCAGCUGACUAUCAGAGCAACAAGCAAGUGCGUAAGCAGUGCCAAGCUGCAAGGAUUUUUAUUACUCUAGCCGCUGGGAAUUAUGUACAGUGUCUCACUUCUCAGAGUGACUGCAGUUAAUACAUAGAUCACAUUAGGAUUUAUAAUCAUGUCUGUUAAUGCGACGGAGAAUGAACUCCCAAGGUUUUUUGUGGGUGGUGAAGAUGGCGAUGAGCUUUUGGACAGAGCAAGAACAACAGACUUUAAUGCCUUCUAUGAUCAUGAAGAUGAAGAUGAGGAGUAUGAUUCUCCACCAGAAAGACAGAUUGUGGUUGGAAUAUGUUCUAUGGCGAAGAAAUCCAAAUCAAAACCAAUGAAUGAAAUCCUUGAACGGCUUUCCAUGUUUAAGUAUAUCACAGUUGUAAUAUUUGAAGAGGAUGUCAUUUUGAAUGAACCUGUUGAAAACUGGCCUUUAUGUGACUGUCUCAUUUCUUUUCAUUCUAAAGGGUUUCCACUGGACAAAGCAGUAGCAUAUUCAAAACUCAGGAGUCCAUUUCUUAUUAAUGACUUGAAUAUGCAGUAUCACAUACAAGACAGGAGAGAAGUUUAUAGUAUUCUCGAAGCUGAAGGUAUUUUACUUCCCCGUUAUGCAGUACUAAACCGUGAUCCAAAUAAUCCCCAAGAAUGCAAUUUGAUUGAAGGAGAAGAUCAUGUAGAAGUGAAUGGAGAAAUAUUCCAAAAGCCAUUUGUGGAAAAGCCUGUUAGUGCUGAAGACCACAAUGUAUAUAUUUAUUAUCCAACAUCUGCUGGUGGAGGAAGUCAGAGACUGUUUCGGAAGAUUGGCAGCAGAAGCAGUGUUUAUUCUCCUGAAAGCAAUGUGAGGAAAACAGGUUCAUACAUUUAUGAGGAGUUCAUGCCUACAGAUGGCACUGAUGUGAAGGUCUACACUGUAGGACCAGAUUAUGCACAUGCAGAAGCUCGUAAGUCCCCUGCUCUUGAUGGAAAAGUAGAGAGGGACAGUGAAGGAAAAGAAGUCAGAUACCCAGUCAUUCUUAAUGCAAGAGAGAAACUGAUAGCCUGGAAAGUAUGCCUCGCUUUCAAGCAAACAGUUUGUGGCUUUGAUCUGUUACGUGCAAAUGGACAAUCCUAUGUCUGUGAUGUCAAUGGGUUUAGCUUUGUGAAGAACUCUAUGAAAUAUUAUGAUGACUGUGCUAAAAUUCUUGGAAAUAUUGUAAUGCGAGAACUAGCGCCACAAUUUCAGAUCCCAUGGUCGAUACCUUUGGAAGCAGAAGAUAUUCCUAUAGUGCCAACUACAUCUGGAACAAUGAUGGAACUUAGAUGUGUCAUUGCUGUUAUACGGCAUGGAGAUCGGACACCUAAGCAAAAAAUGAAAAUGGAAGUUAAACAUCAAAGGUUUUUUGAUCUUUUUGAAAGAUGCAAUGGCUACAAAUCAGGGAAACUAAAACUGAAAAAACCAAAACAAUUGCAGGAAGUACUUGAUAUUGCAAGACAGCUCUUAAUAGAACUUGGACAAAACAAUGACUCUGAAAUUGAAGAAAAUAAAUCUAAACUUGAACAGCUGAAAACUGUGCUAGAGAUGUAUGGCCAUUUUUCUGGUAUAAAUCGCAAAGUUCAGCUAACGUAUCUUCCUCAUGGUUGUCCGAAAACAUCUAGUGAAGAAGAAGAUAACCGCAAGCAAGAGCCAUCUCUGUUGUUAGUUCUAAAAUGGGGAGGAGAACUGACACCUGCAGGUAGAGUUCAGGCAGAAGAACUAGGAAGAGCUUUUCGGUGCAUGUAUCCAGGAGGUCAAGGAGACUAUGCUGGAUUUCCUGGAUGUGGUCUGCUUAGAUUACAUAGUACUUAUCGGCAUGAUCUCAAAAUAUAUGCUUCUGAUGAAGGAAGAGUCCAAAUGACGGCAGCAGCUUUUGCAAAGGGACUGCUUGCUUUGGAAGGAGAACUCACACCUAUCCUUGUCCAGAUGGUCAAAAGUGCUAAUAUGAAUGGCCUACUUGAUAGUGAUAGUGACUCUCUUAGUAGCUGCCAACAUCGUGUGAAGGCACGCCUUAAUGAAAUACUUCAGAGAGAUAGAGACUUCACCCCUGAAGACUUUGAAAAGCUUACACCAUCUGGCAGCAUUUCUCUAAUAAAAUCAAUGCAAAUAAUAAAAAAUCCCAUUAAGACAUGUGACAAGGUAUAUUCCUUGAUUCAGAGUUUGACGACUCAGAUCAGACAAAAGAUGGAAGAUCCUAAAUUUGCAGAUAUUCAACUUUACCACAGUGAAACAUUGGAUUUAAUGCUACGUAGGUGGGCCAAGCUUGAAAAAGACUUUAAAACAAAGAAUGGAAGAUAUGACAUUAGUAAAAUUCCAGAUAUCUAUGAUUGUAUAAAAUACGAUGUGCAGCAUAACGUCUCCUUAAAAUUAGGAAAUACGAUGGAACUAUACAGACUGUCAAAAGCAUUGGCAGAUAUUGUGAUACCACAGGAAUAUGGUAUUACUGAAGCUGAAAAACUAGAGAUUGCUAAAGGUUACUGCAAUCCACUAUUGAGAAAAAUCCGGUCUGAUCUUCAGAGAACUCAAGAUGAUGACACUGUUAAUAAGCUUCAUCCUUUGUAUUCUAGUGGAGUUAUGUCUCCCGAACGACACGUCCGAACCCGUCUGUACUUCACUAGUGAGAGUCAUGUUCAUUCCUUGUUAUCAACUCUUCGUUAUGGUUCUUUAUGUGAUGCGUCAAAGGAUGAACAGUGGAAACGAGCAAUGGAUUAUCUCAAUGUUGUUAGUGAACUCAAUUACAUGACCCAGAUUGUUAUCAUGCUGUAUGAAGACCCAAACAAGGAGCCUUCUUCGGAAGAACGUUUUCAUGUGGAAUUACACUUUAGUCCUGGAGCUAAAGGUUGUGAAGAAGAUAAAAAUUUGCCAUCAGGAUUUGGAUAUAGACCUGCCUCACGAGAGAAUGAUGGCUCAAGGAAAUCCUCCCUUAGAAAUGACAGCGAUGAAGAAUUGCUUGCCCACCACAAAAGGGAUGAACCAGAUCGAUCUAUAAUGCUGUUCAAGCCAAUGGUUUCAGAUCCAAUUCAUAUACACAGAAAGUCUCCACUUCCAAGAUCCAGGAAAAUUGGUUCAGUGGAAGAAGAGAGCCCCCUGAGUGUGUCUAGCCCAGAGUGUAUUGGUACCUGGCUGCAUUACACCAGUGGUGUGGGUACUGGGCGUCGAAGACGCAGAUCAGGGGAACAAAUCACUUCUUCCCCUGUCUCCCCUAAAUCAUUGGCUUUCACAUCCAGUAUUUUUGGCUCAUGGCAACAGGCGCAGUUUAGGAGUGUUCAUUUGGUUCCACCAGAAAACAACAGUUACUUCCGACCACCAAGAACUAUUGUGGAGCAAAAGACUAGCACAAUAGGGUCUCACUGUGCGAGCCUGUUUAGCACCUCAGUUCUCGGGGGUUCUUCAAGUGCACCUAACCUACAGGAUUAUGCUCGUACUCAUCGUAAAAAGCUGACUUCUUCUGGCUGCAUAGAUGACACCACACGUGGUUCUGCUGUUAAAAGGUUUUCUAUCUCAUUUGCUCGACACCCAACCAAUGGCUUUGAAUUGUAUUCCAUGGUGCCUUCAAUCUGUCCUCUAGAAACCCUCCAUAACUCCUUGUCCUUAAAGCAGGUGGAUGAAUUUUUGGCCUCCAUUACUGCCUCUACAUCGUGUGACAAUCUUCUGCAGGCAUCUUCUAUUUGUUCUCCAUUACAUUUGGAUGCCAUGUCAGCGAGAAAGGAAUCUUUAAACACAUAUACUCCUACUAAAAUCCUGCCAACACCACUGGAAGACUUUUUGUGUCGGCGAACUGUGGAAAAAAGUCCUUCAGGUCCCUCUGUUGAUUCAACUUCUGACAUCAGAUUGCAUCAUGAAAGCCAAAACGAUGGUUGAAAAAUAUUAGUGAAACAUGGGUGGCAGAACUCUUUCUUGGAUAAACUAAAACAAGUCAAGCAGACUGGAAGGAACUGCCAUUGCCACCUUUCACAAUGUACAUUACUUGGCAGGAAAAAAUGAAUUAGCUUUUAAAAGCAGUGCAUCUCUGUCUGUAAGAAUGUAUUUCUUUGUGUAUAUAAUGAUUGCUGCGGUGCAUAUAUUGUAUAUAUUCAGGUUAAAGGUAAUGUCUUUGUUUCUAAAAUAUGAAAAGCAAAGAAGUUUACACCUAUAAUUUAAGGUUUCAUUUUAAUUAACAAGCUGCACAAAACAUUUGCAAUCUUUGUUGUUGUAUAAACGCACACAAAACGAAACCAAAGCAGCCUAACAUAGUUUGUGUUGCAGGAACAGCAGAAAGGUAACAAAGACAGGUUUAAAAAGCCACAACUUAUUUUGAGGCCUGCAAAAAGCCUUCAGAAGUCAGGGCAAGAGAACAUUUUUCAUCACUGAGCCUGAUCAACAUGGCUCUUCUUAGUAGCUGUUAUUGAAUACCCAUUUCUUUUAAAAAUAGAGAUUGUCAAAUUAUUUUGAACCACUUUAGUUUUAUAAUAAUAACUAUGAAUAGAGAGGUGUGUGAAAAAAGGGCAAUGUGAAGAAUCUUAUUAACUCUUUCUUCAUAAUGAUUCUUAAUAGAGGCUGGCUGAUUUGUGGCAAACAUCAUUAAGCACUGGUAUGCUCAGACCACCUUUAAUUGGUAAGUGUAAGAGAGCAAACAAAGGCCAAUGGAGUAGAAAAUAUUUUUUAAAGUCCUGCAAUAACAGAGUACUGGUUUCACAGCCUUAUAUUUCAGAAUGUGCGUUUCAGUCAUUAUCUUUCAGUAGCAGUCACAACUGUAAUGAGGAACAAUACUGUUUUUGUCCCUGUUCCCUGCAAUCCCACUAACAUCCAGCUGGAGUCACUUGUGAGAUUUUGAUUUUCUACCAGACUUCAGGAUUCUGUUCUCUACCUUGGCCUAGCUAAGAUAUGGGACCUAAAAACAUUACUUCCCCAUUGCUGUUUUGAGGCAGUUGUUGGGCGAUUUAUAUUGGGAACUUUUGUAGUAUACUCCUGUAUUCAUGAGUCAAGAGUUAAUGAUUGAUAUCUUGCCCUAAACUGAUACUUGGAACACUCAGUCUUGGCCUGGAGGUACCUCCUAUUUAAAUCCUUUCCCAAAGAAAACAUUUGCUGUGUGGCUUUGUUUUGUUUCUUUUUGGGUAUAGACAUGCUGGGGUCAUUUAUGGCUAGUAUGUCCUUGAAUUUCCAUGUUCAUUGUAUGUUUACAUAAGAACUUUUCAAAUCUACUUUGGUUGUUAAUGUUUAUGCUUUAAUAUAUGGGUUCCUCUCUUCACAUAAUUUCCUGUUUACAUUCUUCAUAAAGGUUUUUUUUCUGUUUGUUGAAAAGAUUGCUUUCUUUACAGGUAUCUUCAGAAUACUAUUUUGAGCGUACUCUGCAUGUAGGUAACAGGCUUUAUAAAAGCAGGAACAGCUGGUCUGUUAAUAUUCCAAACUAUCGAUUUUAUAUAUUUGUAGAUGUUACUUGUAAUGUUUUCAAAUUAAAAGGAGUCGCAGCAUUACCAAAUCCAUACAAUUGAAGCUUAAUACAUAACAGUUGUACACAAGUUGUAUAAUUAAUAUCCCUGUCAUUCUCAUUUUUUUAAUAUCUGCUGUUAGCAGGUAGUAAAAACAUUGAAAGAUUUUAGUAGUACUAUCAAAGUCUUGAAGUUUGAACUCUGCUUUGAAAGAUAUAUUCAGGUUUCCUUGUCAACAUUUAGAUAUUAGUUGCUCCAUGAAUUCUUUGUGGCCUGGUAAAUUAUUCAUUGCUUAUUAAUACAUUUAUGAAAAUUACAGUAACCAAUAUUAAUAUGCCUUUUAUGAACAGCAAUAUUUUCCUGUUAAAUUGCAGGAGGCCUAGCAUAAGAACUCCAGCAUUUCUACAUGACAGUGUGAUUGCUUAUUAAAUUUGCCAUGCCAUUGCUGUGCAUAUUUCAUACGGGGUCAUAUGAGAAAGUCUUGGAUACCAUUUAAGAUACCAAAUAUAUGACUAGGUUCACAACUUCUCUUUGCGAAGAUUUCAUUUUUUGUAGUUCCAAUUUUGUAGAUUUGGACAUUUGUCUUGCUCAUCUCUGAAUGUAUAUGUCAUGUUUACUGUUUUUUCUAUAAGAAAA